AUGUCCCGUUUAUUGUCAUCGCUUUCUAUUCUUUCAUUCUCUUAUUUGUUUCUCUUCUUCUUUCUUAUGCUUUCGCUUAUUUUCUUUCUUUUUAUCUUCAUUCAAUUUCUUUUUUGCUUCUCUUCAUUCGUAUCCUUUCAUUUAUCUCCUUCUCUUUCUUUUUAUUCAUUCCCUUAUUCGUUUCUCUCCUUCUUUCUUAUGCUUUCGUUUAUUUCCUUCUCUUUACUUUCGUUCAAUCCCUUUUUUAAUUUUUUUUUUCGUUCUUACGCCUUCAUUUAUCUCCUUCCCGUUUCAUUCAAUCUCUUUUUCAUUCAUUUUCAUUCUUAUGCCUUCUUUUAUCUCCGAUUUCUUUUCAUUCAUCCUCUUUUUCGUUUCUCUUCUUCACUGUUAUGCCUCUGUUCACGCCCUUCUCUUUGUCUUCAGUCUGUUUUUCGUUUCUCUUCUUUUUAUGCCUUCGUCUAUGUCCUUGUCUUUCACUUUAUUCGAUCGAUUCUUUUCUUUCUGAUGUCUCCUUUUAUCUCUUUUUCAUUCACUCUUUGUUCCUCUUCUUCCCUUCCUUUUCCUCUUCUUCUUCAAUCCUUCACACGUUACCCCGAUCAUCUUCUUUUUUCUAACCCUCAACUCCUUCAGUCUCUUGUGUCAUUCUUUUUUUGUCCGAGGAUGAUUCAAUGA